AGGAUAAAUGACAUGUACUGAAACACAGUUCUUUUAUUCAUCAUGAAAAUAUUCUUGUAGCAUGAGACCAUGAAGGAUAACCAUCAUGCAUUAUACAUCAUAUAUCAUCAAAACACAAGCAGAAUGAUAUACAAUAAUAUGGUAACAAAAUUUGGUUUGUUUACAAAAUUAUAAAAUUGCAGUUACCAAUUUGAUAAAAAGCAAUAAGUAAAAAAUCAUUUGCGUUACUUUGAACACUGAGAAGAGACAGAGAGCUUGAAUCAAAUGUUCCGCAUUGCUAUAACAUCCCAUAUCAUUUGUUCUUGAUUUGCAGGGAGCAGGUACCAACAUUUUGAUCCACUAGAUACAGUAUGAAGUACACUAGGUACAUGUACUUACUUCGACUCCAGUGCAUAUUCCUCUCUCAUGCUCUCAUUUUUUUUCUUUUUUAUAAUAAUUUAGUCUAAUCGUAACUGACUCUUUGGUAAUACAUGUGAUGAUAGCACAAGUAUGGUGUAGUGACAUGUGAUCCUUGCCACAUGUAUGGUGUGGUGACAUGUGAUCCUUGCCACAUGUAUGGUGUGGUGACAUGUGAUCCUUGCCACAUGUAUGGUGUGGUGACAUGUGAUCCUUGCCACAUGUAUGGUGUGGUGACAUGUGAUCCUUGCCACAUGUAUGGUGUGGUGACAUGUGAUCCUUGCCACAUGUAUGGUGUGGUGACAUGUGAUCCUUGCCACAUGUAUGGUGUAGUGACAUGUGAUCCUUGCCACAUGUAUGGUGUGGUGACAUGUGAUCCUUGCCACAUGUAUGGUGUGGUGACAUGUGAUCCUUGCCACAUGUAUGGUGUGGUGACAUGUGAUCCUUGCCACAUGUAUGGUGUGGUGACAUGUGAUCCUUGCCACAUGUAUGGUGUGGUGACAUGUGAUCCUUGCCACAUGUAUGGUGUGGUGACAUGUGAUCCUUGCCACAUGUAUGGUGUGGUGACAUGUGAUCCUUGCCACAUGUAUGGUGUGGUGACAUGUGAUCCUUGCCACAUGUAUGGUGUGGUGACAUGUGAUCCUUGCCACAUGUAUGGUGUGGUGACAUGUGAUCCUUGCCACAUGUAUGGUGUAGUGACAUUUGAUCCUUGCCACAUGUAUGAUGUGGUGACAUGUGAUCCUUGUCACAUGUAUGGUGUGGUGACAUGUGAUCCUUGCCACAUGUAUGGUGUAGUGACAUGUGAUCCUUGCCACAUUGUGGUGACAUGUGAUCCUUGCCACAUGUAUGGUGUGGUGACGUGA